UGCGCCGUGCGUCCCUACGCCGUGUGUCCCUGCGGGUGCCCGGCCCCUCUCACCUACUCUCACCUGACUGCCGGCCGUGCCCGGGGCGGGUGCGGUGCUGCUCUUGGCCUGCCGGCUCCGCCUUGGCUUGGCCGCGCUGUGCUGAGCCUGCCGGGUGCGGGCAGCGUGGCUGUGUGAGACCAGGAGAAACUGAGGCCUACUGAGGAGUGCUGGGAGCGGGGCAUCCUCUGUCAGUAUAAAUAAUAAUAAUAAUAAUAAACCAUCUUUUCCCCGUGGCUCCAUCUUGACCUUGCACAGUGCCCAGUUUCUGUUCUGCAUGCACCUGCUCUGAGUUUUGACUUGUGUCUGUGCAAACUGUCCCUUCAGGAUAGAUGCUCUUCUUUGGAACUUGAGCUUUUGCUUUGAGUUUCAUGAGAGGCAUCAGUUGCCUUGCAUGACAUAACUGUUACAGCACUGUUUUCUCAGAUUGGAAUGGUAGCGUUAUUUUUCAGGUCAUGCAUGCAUAGUAAGUUCAUUGAUGUUCUGGAUGGCUUUCCUGUAUGAAGUUAUGUGACCAGCCUGAAGUUACAGUGGACGAUGUAUUGCUCCAUAAGGCAGGCACUUCAGUCAGUUAGAUGUCACGUGGAUAUUUGCAACUCCACUAAAUUGUAAGAGUGAAAUUUUAAAACGCGUUCCAUUCGUUGCUGCUUCGGAAACAGCUCAGAGUUGUAGAGGUGUCUGCAUUUAAAGUUUUUGACUCAUGCUGCUGCGAGAGGGAUGAAAUGCAGUAGAAUGCUCUGAUUAGUUCAUGGUCUCUGGAAAACAGGAGAAAAGAAGAGUAAAUUGUUUUUUGUUGUGGAAGAGGGAAGCUUGCAAGUAUCUUCAAGCAGCUUUAAAGCGAGAACGUAAAGCCUGCAUUGAUAUAUAUUACUGGAAGGAAAUAACACAAAGGCACAUUUGCACGUUCUUUAAUUUCAAAGUAUUCAGGAUGUUUUAUUUAGAAGUAUCUGAUGUUUGGGUAGAUGAAUUUUCAAAGCAUGCUCAGAGACUUUCAGUGAAAGGAUAGAGAUACGGCUUUUAUGGUAGAUACCUUGUAUUCAACAUGAAAAAAAUGGUUGUUGAAGUGCAAAAUAAAAAAAGGAAUUUUAGUCCACUGAAAAUCUGUUUUUGAUUGACUUACUGUUGUGCCUUCCAGAGUCUACAAGAAAUAGACAAAUGGAGUCUCACCACUGUAGUAGAAAUUCCUUCCAGAGAAAGAGGAAUAAAUACCAUUUUAGAGUUGUUUAGCUGAAGUCAUGUGAGUGUAUGAGAAACUCAUGUGAAAGAUUUAUCCUAAGACAGUCAAAAAAGAGUACAUGAAGUCAGUCGGUGGCUUUGCUGUAACAUGUGGUAUCCUCUGAAUUUUAGGAGCUGUGAGGUACACCUGUAUUUUCCUUUUAUUGUGCCAAAGUUGAGCUGAAUGCAGUCAGCCUUCUAUAUUUGUUCAUGGAGACGCUUUGGGGAGGCAGUUUGCCCAUGCAUGUGAAAAAUCCAUUUUUAAUAGACUUAGUAUAGGAUCUUGCAUUCACAUUAGUUCUGCGUUUAGUUGUGUCACUGUAGUGGAAAUGCUAAGUCAUGGCUUGAGCCAGUGGUUGAGCACCUGGUAGGAAGGCAGGGCCAACCUAGGGGAGCUCAGUGUACCUGGGUGACUGGAGGGGUUGGAGCCAGUAUCCACCCCUUCCCAGACGUCAUUUAAGAGCUGGCAGUGGAGGCAAGGGCACCUCUUGCUACAGUUCAGUGCCUACCUAAGGCCUUCCAAAGAUAAGUAGUUCUUUUUCUUUAUUUCUGCUGCAUUUGGGCACAUCGCCAUCGAUCCCUUGUUGUCUUUGGAAGACUGAUAGUCUUCCAAACAUCUGUGCUGAAUGGAUAAAUUCACCUGAUCUUGAUAAGUACUUUGGGAAAAGUUGACCUGUAAUAACUUCUAAUGUUCCUUAUUUGGGGCUUAUCCAGAGGUCCCUUCUGAUUCCCAGGAAGUGGUGCUUAGAACUGGCAAGGAGGGAAGAUACUCUUGCAAAGGUUAAUGCUGUGAAUAGUCAUAGGAGUUUACUGGUGAUUAAGUUCAAGAAAAAUUGUUCAGUUCAGCCAUGUUGUAUACAGCAUGCACCAGAGAUGAAAAUAAUGCCGGAAUUCCAAAGUGGUGAUAAGAGCAGCCUUUAGAGCACUCGUUUCCUGUAUUUAUCAUGAUUUGAACCCUGCCUGCUGUGUAGGAAGAACUUCAGCCUUGCAGUGCAGUACAGCAUCACUCUCCAUUGCCUUCUUAAGAAACUACUGGAAGGAAUGUUUUUGUCAGGCUGUCUAAAAAGCAGAAGAGAAGCAAUGCUGCUAGAAUAAGUGCCUUUUCUGUUAUAGACAAUCCCAUGCAUGUCUGAAAUGUAAGUGCAAUUCAGCUUCUGUUUCUGAAGUUAGAAAGCAGUGUAUUUCAAGUGCCGUUAUUGCCAAUCUGGCAGGCAGAACACACAUGCUUAUGUAUGGGAGUUAGAAAAAAAUAAAGAAGAAUUUGUAGGAAAGUAGUAUGCAUGCUUAAGUCUUACUGUACAUAGUUUAGCUCUCUGAUACCAGUGACCUCUCACUGUUCAUUAUAGGUACCAGUUCAAAUAGACUAUUUACUUCAUGUGGCAUUUGGGAACUUACAUUCAGUGCUCUUUGCUUUAAUCUGCUUGGGAUGAUUUAUAACACAGUUAUUACUGUUAUAUUUAGUAGCUGGACCAGAUUAAUUGCUUUACAUUGCCUUGAGAGUUCAGCAUGUGGAUGAGAUGUUUGUCUUUGGGAGAAGCGGAGCUAGCUGCUGCACUGUUGAUGGUCUGGUCCUUUUCAGUUCAUUUAAUCCUCUGUCACAAAGCUGUUGAUUCCUUGAAAACUGGAAGGCAAAAAUAUCACAGGUAAACUUCAUGUUCAAUCUAUAAUAAGGAAGUAGAAGCUUGCAGUGUGAAAAGGCACAGCGUUCUGGCCUGUAGAGGCCCUUCUUCUGUACCCUUUUCUCCCUCAUCUGAAAACAGAUCCAAAAAAGGAGUUGUCUUCACAGCAGUGAAUUUCCUAUACUUGCCGUGAGUGGAAUUCAGAGCAGUGUGUUAGGUGUGUGGGCUGCUUGUGAGGUUCGUGGACAUAACUGGGGCUUGGGAGCAGGAACUGUGAGCAGCCUGCGUACGCUACAGUGCACAGUUAGUUAUUGAGGAUACUCCAAAAGCAGCACUGGAUCUUGCAGAUUUUUGCUGGUGGAGGUUAAACAUAAGGUACAGAAACAGCUGUGAAGCUGUGCAUUGUCCUGCGGAGGUGAAGUGUCUGGCAGCUGGCUUCUAGGCCUGGGGAUCUCACAGCACUCACUGCAGCCGUGGACUAGGAGGUGGUGUGAGAGGAUCCUGAAAAGCUUCUUGAGUCUGGCUGGUAUUCCUGCUCUGAUUCUGUGUGCUGCUUCAUUUCAUCAUCUUGGGGGUAGCUUAGGUUGUAAAUUAUGUACUGAAGUUAUGUUUUAAUGAAUGAGGGUGUCUCAUCACCCUGCCCAUGUGUUGGCCUGGCAAGGGCUAGGUUUUAAGGGUUUCUGAUCGCAUCUUAACUUCCUUUCUCUGAAUAUCUUGUUUUUUGUUUUUGUAAUUGGGCUUGCUACCAUAUGUUUUGUUUCCUUCUCCUGCAUACCUGCAUGGUAUUUUGCAGACAAAACUCUUGGCUUUGUACUGAAUAACUUGUUUUCACUCUCUGUUGGCUGUGUUCCUGUUAUUGGAUUUUUUUUUUUUAUCAUUUGGUACUUUUUAUCAUCCUUACCUAAGGCUGAACUAAAACGAAAUGCGAGAUAAUGCAGUAACUCGCUGUUGCCAGAAGGGAGAUGUUCAUUUCCCUCUGAUCUCUCCCUUGUCUCCCUCCUCUGCCCUAGCUCAGCAGACCGAAGGCUCUCACAGCCUCCUCUGUGCCUCGCUCAGCGUGUGUUGCUUGUGGAGCUGGGCCUGGCAGCAUUUGGGGCUGAACCAGCUCAGCAAAUGUUCUGGGUAUUGGUCGGGAUGGCUAAGCAGGAUCAAGUGGAAGGGAAAGGAAGACCUUAAGUGCUUGUGAGCUGUUAGAUUGGCUUUGUGCUUGAGGUGUAAUUUGACCAGAGAUUUAACUGAUGUAAGUUAGGGCUGCUCUGUCCCCAGCUGCAUCUUCCCUUCUUUUCUGCUAUCACAAUUCCAUCCCUGUGUCUGCAAGGGGAAAGAUUUGAAGAACUGAUCUGGAGGAAAAAAUGGAGCGGCCUGAGAGGGUUGGUUUGUGGCUGGUCCAGUAAAGGAACACUGGUUCCUCCCAGGGCAGGGAGCAGGGCCUGGAGCAUAUGGCUGGGGGGAAGGAGGGAGGUGGUGGUGCCCCAGGGACGGCUGCUGUCCUUGUGUGCACCGAGGGCCUGUUCUGCUGGUAGUGGUGUGGCCAGGUGCCACAUGUGAAUUGAGAUGGCGUCACAGGGAAAGCAUUUGAAGGCAGUGAAGUAUUUCCUUUGUAACUGGCUAGUCCGUAUGAGGAAAUGGCAGUUGGAUUUCUUAGUGGGUGAACAGAAACCAAGUGAAAAUGGAGGCUCAUCUUCAGUUGUCAUGAGAUAGCCAACAGUUGAAAAAAGGGCAAGUCAGUGCAUGUGCAGCCCUUUGGGAGCAACUGGAAAAAUAAGGAAUCUACCUGCCUGACACAACUGGCAAGGAGAGGGAGGAAAAAAGAAAAUCCUUGUUACAUUGCCCCAAUGGGGGAAGAGGAAGAGAGAUGGGCCUGUGAGGUGUGGCGUUUCUUCUGGUUAUUGGCAGGGAGCUCCUGGGAGCUGGGCAAUAACAGCAGCUGGAACCUGUGCUUUCAGGGUCAGAAUCAAGAGUGCCUGAUGAAUCUGGGUGGAUGGAUGGAUGAUAGAACUAUAUGUGAUCUCUUACUAUAUUUGUUGACUUUUUUUAUUUUUAAGUAAUUAAAAAGUAAUUUAAUAUGUGUAUGCUGGCUUCUGCUAAAAUUGCUCUUGCUAAAACCAGCACUUAACCCAGCUUAACUGUGCAUGUUUGACUGCUUCUGUAGAGCUUGGAGUGGACAGCUCAUGAGUAAGGAACAAAACAUUUAAGCCCGAAUUCAUUUUAUUGAUUGCUAUUGUCCUCACAGAGCUGCCAACCUACAGGGAGAGUUCAGUUGAUAGCAUUCAAAAUACAGCUCUUUCAGAAGCACUUUGUAAGGCCUUAAAGGUCACUUUUGCCUGAUAGAAUGGAUGAGCAGUCACAAGGCAUGCAGGGGCCCACAGCUCCGCCAUUUCAGCCACAGAAAGCCUUGCGACCUGACAUGGGCUAUAAUACACUUGCCAAUUUCCGAAUAGAGAAAAAGAUUGGCCGUGGCCAGUUCAGUGAGGUUUACAGAGCAACCUGCCUGUUGGACGGGGUACCGGUAGCACUGAAGAAGGUUCAGAUAUUUGAUUUAAUGGAUGCCAAAGCCCGUGCUGACUGCAUCAAAGAAAUAGAUCUUCUAAAGCAACUGAAUCAUCCAAAUGUAAUUAAAUACUAUGCAUCAUUCAUUGAAGACAACGAACUGAACAUAGUGUUGGAAUUAGCUGAUGCUGGGGAUCUCUCAAGAAUGAUAAAGCAUUUUAAGAAACAGAAGAGGUUGAUUCCUGAAAGAACCGUUUGGAAGUACUUUGUUCAGCUUUGCAGUGCAUUGGAACAUAUGCAUUCUCGUCGUGUUAUGCAUAGAGAUAUAAAGCCAGCUAAUGUGUUCAUUACAGCUACUGGAGUAGUAAAGCUUGGAGAUCUCGGUCUUGGCCGAUUUUUCAGUUCCAAAACCACAGCUGCUCAUUCUUUAGUUGGUACACCUUAUUAUAUGUCUCCGGAGAGAAUACAUGAAAAUGGUUACAACUUCAAAUCUGACAUCUGGUCUCUGGGCUGCCUGCUGUAUGAGAUGGCUGCUCUGCAGAGUCCCUUUUAUGGUGAUAAAAUGAACUUGUACUCGCUGUGCAAGAAGAUAGAGCAGUGUGACUAUCCACCUCUCCCUUCAGAUCACUAUUCAGAAGAACUGCGACAGUUAGUUAAUAUGUGCAUCAACCCGGAUCCGGAGAAGCGACCAGACGUAACCUAUGUCUAUGAUGUAGCGAAACGUAUGCAUGCACACACUGCGAGCAGCUAAACAGACAUCAGAUCCUGAAGAUCAGAAAUGUUCAAGUAUUUGAAAUAAAUCAUCCCACCUCUUUGUAUUUCAGAAAUGUAAUUAUUUGAAGCUUACUGUUGUGCUUUGUAAACCCAUUUAUAUACGAACUUCAAUAUUUUGUUUAUUUUCUUUUUUACUUUUUACCAACUUGCAGUUUUAACAGGUUUAAAUAUGUAAAGCAUAACUUCAAAAGAUACUGAGAGCCGCUGUUUUCCACGUUAAGUGAGUUCAAGUAUGUUUUCUUUACUGACAAAUGUGUUCAGUUGGGCCUCAGUUCUAAAACACGGUUGCACUUUUGCACAGGAUACAGAUAUUAGGCUUACGUAUAAGCAAAAUGUCUGAAUCUCUCACCUUUUUAGUAAUUUAUAGGAAAUAUGAAUCUGCACAGUUAUGUUUAUUUUAAUCUUAGUUCUGAACGGGGUAUAAUUAUUAUAGAAGGUUAUUGUAUUUUAUACUGAAUUAUAGUUUGCAGUUCUCAGCAUGUGAGUAGACAGAUGACAUGAUUAGUCCUGUGCUUGCCAAACGUGAUGCAAAAAUAGUUAGUGGAAAAAAACCAUACACUGAAAUUAUUUUAAUGUCCCUUUUCAUUUUUGCUAUUCUGUCAUAAUGCACAUAAAACAUUUGUUGGAGGUUUUAUGGGAAAAUUUAAGGUGUUGAUUCUGCAGUUUGAUCAUUUCAAUAGCCUUGUACAGCACAGCCCUGGGGCAAUGUGAGUGCAUAGCUGAGUGUUAAAACCAUGCAGAUGCUGCUUGUAGCAAACAGCGUUCUUUUGAGGCUAGCAUGUAUGAGAAGAUCUGAUUAAAAGAUGCAAUCUUUAAGUUACCAAUUUCUAUUUCUGUAAAUGUCACUGUUUGUAGAUUUUUGUAUUUAAAAUAAUUUGACCUUAGAAUACUGUAUUUAAAGAUGCUUUUAAAAUACCAAAAUCUUUCUGGAACAUAUAUAGCUGUGUACUAAAGCACAAUAUAUUCUGCACGAAUAUCAGAUUUUGUAUAUUUUAUCCUAAGAGGUAGCUUUAUAUUUAGCAAAAGUAAAUUUUAGCAUUUAUGUUUCUGAGAGAGUUGCCACUUCCAUUUCGGAAAUAAGUAUUGAUGCAAAAUGUCUUACAGAUACUUUAUUAUUGAAAAGGAGAUUCACAGUGUUUUGGUUAAAACCUUUCUGGUAUGCUUAAUAAUGUUUUCAUUGUUAAGGGAAAUAGAGUGUUGAAAAAUAGAGAUAAGACUCAGAUGUAUUAAAUAUCAAAACUAACUCUUUUUGAGAAUACACAGAACUGUUAAAACAGAAUUCUUACCAGUGAGAUUGCUAAGAAGUUGUUACUGUCAAUUAAACCUUUUCGUUAUGUGAGUAAAAAGAAGUUAAAGAAAAUAGCAAUACAUACAUCCACACAACACAGGUUCUGUAUGUAGUCAGUUCCCUGCACCUUUUGUUUUGUUGUUUGUUUUUUCUCUCUAUGCAGCUUUUCAUUAGAUGUAAUGCUCAAAGAAUAUCCAAAUGUGGGAAAUCUGGAGUUAGCUCAGUUGUGCUUUGGGUUGGUGUUGUUUUUUUUUUAAAAAAAUUAGAAAUACUGUGGAAAUUCUGUUUGGCAAAAUGCAGGAGUUAUUAAACAGUAUGUGCCACAUCUUCAUCUUAAUACGUUGUUUUUCUGUUGUUUUGUUUUAAUUUCCAGACUUGGUAGGACAAGUCUUUAAUUUUCCUUCUUGCUGCCGUAUUUACUUGAUCUGGUCUUGUAGGACUCCAGUGGAACAAUGUAUAGAAAGAAAGUGUUUGAGAAACCUUGGUUUAACAACCUCUAUAUUUGCAUUCAUGUAUUAUCUGAUAACUGUGUUUUAAACAAAUGAUUGUUAUAUUCUAGUUCAGAUGUCAGAGUGAAGUGGUUUGUAUUGGCAAAGGUGGCGCAGUACUUGCGUGACUGCCACGAUUAGUUUUUAAUAUGCACAACUACUCCAAUCAUUCUCUGAAAUGGGCUAGAAUAUUCCAAAGUCACUGACAAAAAACCAACGCAGUCAGGCUCUAUGCAUCUAAUAUCAUGCAUCAAGUAUUAUUACUUUGCCUGAAAGUAACCAAUGAUACAUAUCUUUUUUUUCCUUUUCUGGAAGGAUACGUGGAGUAAAGAAACGAUGAGUUAAAAGUUAGCAAAUGUUUAAUUCAUUGGUGUGGGUGUGGUUUUUUUUGUAUUGCUAAUUAAAUUUUGUGCUGAGCAAAAGUAGUUGUUUCUAUUUUAAAACCUGUAGAGUAAAUGGUACAAAUGACUUGGGUACCGAAGUUUGUAUUUGAGAAGUCUGUGUGGGUUAACAGAAUUGUUUGUAUAACCGAGGUUCUAGAGUUUAUCCCAUAAGUAAAGCACCUAGUAAUGUAUGAAAACAAUAAUGUCAGUUGUAAUAA